AUGACAGAACAAAGGCCCCAUUCAAAUCGCACUAGCAUAUCCACCGAUAUAAUCGAUGUCGAAUCUCUCCAUAUUGGCAACCAUAACCGCAAUCGCAGUCACAGCAUUGACAGCGCCGUCACAGCACCCCUAGAAAAGCAAAACACCUCGGCCUCGGGGAUAUCGGUCUUUGAGCAGCGCGCGCAAUCGGUCAUAUCGCGCAUUCGGAGUCGCGAACCGGGACAGACUGCUAAAUUUACUCAUCCACUGUCGCAUACGAAGACCACCGAAGAUGCGAUUGUGGAUUUUGAAGGGGAUGAUGAUCCUUAUCGCCCGCUAAACUGGGGGUUUAGAAAGAAAGCUGUGACUACUAUUCUGUAUGGGUUGACUACUAUGGGGUCUACUUGGGCGAGUUCUGUGUAUUCAACUGGCCAGGGUCAAGUCAGCCAGGAGUUUGGUGUUUCUGAUGAAGUUUCUACACUUGGUACAUCAUUACUUUUGUUUGGUUUGGGAUUGGGUCCUCUUAUCUGGGCGCCUUUAUCAGAAGUGUUUGGGCGCAAGCCUGCUGUGUUGGCGCCAUAUUUCCUCGCUGCUGUCUUUUCUUUUGGAACAGCGACUUCGAAAGACUUGCAGACUAUCAUGAUUACUCGAUUCUUCACGGGCUUCUUCGGCUCAGCCCCUGUGACAAAUACUGGAGGUGUCUUGGGUGACAUUUGGACACCCGAACAACGCGGAGCUGCCAUUGUUGGUUAUGCCAUGGCAGUGGUGGGUGGGCCUGUCCUCGGUCCAAUUGUCGGUGGUGCCAUUUGCCAAAGUUAUCUUGGCUGGCGAUGGACCGAAUACAUCACCGGAAUAAUGAUGAUGUUUUUCUUAAUACUGGAUCUUCUCUUCGUCGACGAAAGCUACCCACCAGUCCUACUAGUCUACAAAGCACGCCGGCUUCGAUUUGAAACAGGAAACUGGGCCCUGCACGCUCGCCACGAAGAAUGGGACGUAACCUUCAAAGAACUGGGCAACAAAUACCUCAUCCGACCCUUCCAACUUCUCUCAACUCCAAUCUGCUUCCUAGUCGCCCUCUACGCCUCCUUCGUCUACGGUAUUCUCUAUCUUUCGCUAGCAGCCUUCCCAAUUGUCUUCCAAGAAGGACGCGGCUGGAACCAAGUCGUCGGCGCCCUCCCUUUCCUCGCAUACCUAGUCGGCAUCCUAAUCGGUGGCGUCGUAAACCUCGCAAACCAAAGCUUCUACCUCAAACGCUUCAAGGCAAAUGGCAAUCGCGCAAUUCCAGAAGCGAGACUGCCGCCUAUGAUGAUCGGUUCUGUGCUGUUCGCAAGCGGCCUGUUCGUCUUCGGCUGGACGAGCCCGAAAAACAUCCAUUGGAUUGCUCCCCUCAUCGGCGCUGUCAUGAUGGGUUUCGGAUUCUUUACUAUCUUCCAGGCUGCGCUGAACUAUCUUAUUGAUACGUUCCAGAAAUAUGCUGCUAGCGCUAUUGCCGCCAACACGUUCUUGCGGUCUAUCUUCGCAGGCUGUUUCCCUCUUUUCACUACCGCUAUGUUUCACAACCUCGGUGUGCCUUGGGCUGCUAGUGUUCUUGGGUUCUUCUCUGUUGCGCUUAUUCCUAUCCCGUAUUUGUUCUACACAUACGGAAAGAGGAUCCGCGCGCGCGGAUUUUGGUCGCGCGAAUCUGUUUGA